CCCCGCCAAGAUGCAGCAGCGGCUCCCGGUGUCGCCGGGCGGGCCGGGGGCAGCGCGGGCCGAAGCCGGGCGGGGGGCGCCCGCCGUGGCCCCCGCGUACUCCUAGUGCCCCAGACGUGCCGGCUGACCCCGGCCCUCCUUGCCGCCUUCCGGCCCGCCGUCUCCGCCCCUCCACCCUUUGUGCCGCCGCCGCCGGGUGCCCCCGGCUCCGCAGGACCCCGGCCGGGCCGGACCGCGGCGGCGCGCCAGCCCCGCGUGGGCGCCCGGUCUGCGGCCGAUGGCGAGGGGGCGCGGCGCGGGCGGGGGCACUGCAGCCCGAGUCCGCGACGCGGGAGGCCCGGCCCGCCUCCACCGCAUUGUCCCGGGCCCCGCGCCCCGGCCCUGAGCCGCGCCGCCGCAGCGCCCGCCUGCCGCCCGCCGCCCGCGGGGCCAUGCGGAGAGCCGCCGUGAUGGAGGACUUCACAGAGGAAGAGGAGCCCUGGUACGACCAGCAGGACCUGGAACAGGACUUGCACUUGGCCGCAGAGCUGGGGAAGACCCUGCUGGAGAGGAACAAGGAGCUGGAGGAGUCUCUGCAGCAGAUGUAUGCCACCAAUGAGGAGCAAGUGCAGGAGAUCGAGUACCUAACCAAGCAGCUGGACACGCUGCGGCACAUGAAUGAGCAGCAUGCCAAAGUGUACGAACAGCUGGACCUGACAGCCCGCGACCUGGAGCUGACCAACCAGAAGCUGGUGCUGGAGAGUAAGGCUGCCCAGCAGAAGAUCCAUGGGCUGACGGAGACCAUCGAGCGCCUGCAGGCCCAGGUGGAGGAACUGCAGGCCCAGGUGGAGCAGCUUCGGGGCCUGGAGCAGCUGCGAGUGCGCCGGGAGAAGCGGGAACGCAGGCGCACCAUCCACACCUUCCCCUGUCUCAAGGAGCUGUGCACCAGUCCCCGGUGCGAGGAUGCCUUCCGCCUGCACAGUUCCUCGUUGGAGCUGGGCCCGCGGCCCCUGGAGCAGGAGAACGAGCGGCUGCAGACGUUGGUGGGUGUGCUGCGCUCCCAGGUGGGCCAGGAGCGGCAGCGCAAGGAGCGGGCGGAGCGCGAGUACGCGGCGGUGCUGCAGGAGUACGCGGAGCUGGAGCGGCAGCUGUGCGAGAUGGAGGGCUGCCGCCUCCGCGUGCAGGAGCUGGAGGCCGAGCUGCUGGAGCUGCAGCAGAUGAAGCAGGCGAAGACCUACCUGCUGGGCCGGGAGGACCACCUGGCCGAGGCCCUGCUCGCGCCCCUCACCCAGGCCCCGGAGGCCGAUGACCCCCAGCCCGGCAGCGGGGACGACUCGGCCGCCCAGGACGGCGUCUCCUCUCCGGCCGCCUCCCCGGGCCAUGCCGUCCGCAAGAGCUGCAGCGACACGGCGCUCAACGCCAUCGUGGCCAAAGACCCGGCCAGCCGGCACGCGGGCAACCUGACGCUGCACGCCAACAGCGUGCGCAAGCGGGGCAUGUCCAUCCUGCGGGAAGUGGACGAGCAGUACCACGCGCUGCUCGAGAAGUACGAGGAGCUGCUGAGCAAGUGCCGGCAGCACGGCGCCGGGGUGCGGCAUGCUGGCGUGCAGACCUCGCGGCCCAUCUCCCGCGACAGCUCGUGGAGAGACCUUCGCGGGGGCGAGGAGGGCCAGGGGGAGGCCAGGGUGGGCGAGAAGAGCCUGAGCCAGCACGUGGAGGCUGUGGACAAGCGGCUGGAGCAGAGCCAGCCCGAGUACAAGGCGCUCUUCAAAGAGAUCUUCUCCAGAAUCCAGAAGACCAAGGCCGACAUCAAUGCCACCAAAGUGAAGACGCACAGCAGCAAGUGACCCUUUCCCGGCCUGCAGCCUCCCCCCAGGGUCAGGUCACAGGGCCUCUCAUGCCUGGGCCAUGCAGCCUCUGGUGAGUGAGGGAGCCCUUUAGCAGCAAUAUAGCCCAGUGGAGGCUGCUGCCUGGCCCAGGGAGCGUGGGGAGGUGGGGGGACCCAGUCUGUUCUCUGCUGACUUGGGAGGUGUCCAACACCUCCCGGAUCGCCCAGAACCCUCCACCAUCCUGCGUCAGCCCAAAGACGCAGCUAAGAGUUUCAAAGCCAAACAUCCCCAUUCCCCCGGGGAUUCCCAGCUCCCCAGCCCUUGGCUUCCUGACCCUGAGCCUUGCUCUCAGAUUCGUGGCCAGGCUUCUGAAAGCCAUUCUGGACUAUUUGGCUUUUUCUUUUCUUUCUUUCUUUCUUUUUUUUUUUCUUUUUUUUUUUUUUUUUUUUUUUUUUUAAGAGAUUUGCAAUGCAAGGUCUCCCUGACCCCUUCCCACAACUGGAAACACUUGAAGGAGGAUCCCAGAGCCAGCUGUUGCUGGUUCCAGGGGUCUCCUGGACCACCCACUGCUUCUCCCCAGCUGUGACACGCUGUCAUCCCCUUAGCACCAGCUGCCCCAUCCCCCAGAGUCCUGACUAGGUCAGAGACGGCCCCUGCCAUGCAGAGCCUCGGCCAGGCCCCGAGUGCCCCCAACUCCAGCCCUGGUGAGGCGGGCUUCUCCCCAGAGACCCUCAGCCCACUGCAGAUCUGUAGCCAAUCAGAGGAGGGGAACAGAGAGCCCCUCGGCAGCCAUACAUGAACAGUGCACCUGCUUCCCUCACAGCCAGCCUCCUGGGGCUCCAGCCCUGGAAAUGCCUUCCGGCCGUUAAGCCUUCCAGGAGUCUGGGUGGUGGGGAGCCCCCAUCUCUGCACGCCACCUCUGACCUGCCGAGCUUAGCCUCUGCCUGCCCCCAUCUCAGGGACCAUGAUGUGUCUCAUUCACUCCCAUGCUCCCCACAGGCCGACCCCUCCUCAGAUCAUGACUGCUGCCCCCAGAAUGUCCCAGGUGUGUGCCACCAGCCAGUGGUCCUAGCAUCCGCCCCUGCUCCCCCUUCACGGGGGACUCUCCAAGAUUUCCCACCCUGUCCUGAACAGUAUUGAAAUGGGACCUGGCGGAGACCAUGUCUCCCCCCUCCCGUAAAAUGCUUGUUCUUAACCUCUCACCUUUGUGGGGGUCUUUUGAGGACCCAGCUGGGUCACAGGCUAAACUUUUUAAGGCUUCAGAAAGUCCACCUUCAGCUAAGAGAUGUCCAGGCCUCCAGCUUGCCCUGAGCAGUUCCUCGGGGCUUCCAGUUCCAUCCUGAGAUCCUAGAAAAUAGAGGAGCUACCUAGCCCCGCGGAAGGCGGCAGCCCUGGCCUCUGCUGGGAAUCCAGCAGGGACCUUCAUGCCUUAUCUGUUUCUAAGGGGUAACGGGGUUUUCGUAACAAGCAUGCCCGACCUCCCUGGAGGCGCCACCCUGCUCUCUGGGCAGCACUGUGAUGAGCGCUGUCGGCUGGUCCUUCCGUUCACACAUCUUGGAGCCCUUUGUCCUUUGGAGCUGGGCAGCUCCCAGCCCUCCAUGUGUCUCUGUCAUCUAGGGUGGAGGGGAGAGGGUGGGGGAAGGGCUCCUGCCUGUUUGCUCCCCAGUUCUGUAGCGGCCGACCAGCGCGUCACCUUUGAAGUAUACAUGAGAGAAAUAUAUUUACAAAUGCUUUAUUCUCUUCUUUAAUAAAAAAUGCACCAGUAUUCUAAAA